AUGGUGAGAAAGAGUAGAGGUCGCCAAAAGGUGGAGAUGGUGAAAAUGUCGAAAGAAAGCAAUCUCCAAGUGACCUUUUCGAAGCGUCGGUCUGGACUUUUCAAAAAGGCUAGCGAGCUUUGCAUUCUCUGUGGUGCCGAGAUUGCCAUCAUCGUCUUUUCACCAGGCAAUAAGGUUUUCUCCUUCGGCCACCCUGGUGUUGAGACUCUGGUUAACAGUUUUCUCAACCGAAAUCCGCCUCAACACUCCGGUGCCAUGCAACUCUUUGAGGCUCACCGCAAUGCUACUGUCCGUGAAAAUAACAUGCAGCUUACUCAGGUGCUAAACCAAUUGGAGAUGGAGAGAAAGCGUGGAGAAGAUCUUAAUCAAUUAAGAAAGGCUGGCCAGACUCUAUGCUGGUGGGAAGCUCCCAUCGAGGAACUCACGCUGCCCCAACUUGAGCAGUUGAAGGCGUCUCUAGAGGAGUUAAAAAAGAAUGUGACGAAGGAGGAUGCUAGAACAUUUGUUUUAUCUGUUACUUGA